AUUAGGCGCGUGCUUGGAAAACGCACACAUCCAGUGGUAGUGACGAUUGUGACGGCCCUUACCCCCAGCACAAGGCCCAUGAAACACACGAACGCUACUACAUGAAACACUGGCAGCACAUACCAACUUUAGCAUUAUCCGCCGUCUAACGGCUUUCCGCCCAUUCGGAACGCAUAGCCCGUGUCGCAUGGAAGCCUUCUGGAAAGCGUCGCGCGACCCUUGACCGCUGCCACCCAACGCUCGCUUUGCCUCAGGGCCUUGCUUGCUCGCCUGCACCUUCCUCGCACUCGCCUUGCCUGUCGUCAAACCUGUCCCUGAUCACCAUGUCCUCCGAGGAAGCAGAACAGCAUGUGCAAGUGGAAGUGGAAGAGGAAGAGGAGGAGGAGGAGGAGGAGGAGGAGGAGGAGGAGAUUGCACCGUCUGAUCGCCCUGAGGAUCACGACUCAUCUGACGACGACGAUGACGAUGAAGAUGAAGAGGACAGCGAGCCUGAGGCGCUCGCAGAGCUCAUGGUGACAACGAGGGCGCGGAGAACCAAUGCAGGCAAUCGCAUGUCGACGCUGCUCGCCAAAUCAGCCGAGGAGGAAGAGUGGGGAGAGGAAUGGGAAGAUGCUCCAAACGAGGAAGAUUUUCAGGGCGACGACACCAAUGAGCAAGAGGAUUACAACAUGGAGUCUUCGUCCUCGGAGGAGGAUGAGGAUGGCGGAGACGAGGACGAGGCGGGCGAGAAGGAGCUGCGCAAGGCAGAGCGUCAAGAAAGGAACAAGAAGCGCAAAGCAACAACAAACCCAUUCGCUGCCCGAGUCGCCGCCGUUACCCGCAAGAAGGUCAAGCUCGAUGUAUCACUUGCAGAAUCACCCGCAUCUGCCCCUCCACGGCCAAAGAAGAAGUCGGAACGAGCGUCAUGGAUACCCACCGAGGAAGAUGGGCCCAUACGAACUUCUUCACGAAAGCAGACCAUAGCAAACAAGGAAACCACCAUGGCUAAGCUCAAGGAGAAGGACCGAAGGCGAGACGACACCCUAGCCAUGAUGAAGGCCGCUGAGGCUCGCAAAGCCAAGUCCAAGGAGAAACCGUUGACGCAGGCAGAGAGACUUGCUGAAGCUGCUCGCAACGAGAGAAUCAACAAGAAAACAUUACACAGAUGGGAAGAGGCCGAAGAGGCACGGGCAGCAGAACGGCAAGCCAAGAUCGACGCCCUGAAGAACCGACAGAUCGAUGGGCCUUUCAUUCGAUGUUACAGUGGACCUUCCAUCUGGGUGGAUGACAAGCUCAAGUUCACGGGGAAGGAUGCGCCCAGUCUAGAGCAUCUUGACGAGAAGCUAAAUAAGGAAUUCAUUGUUGGGGACUCACAGCCUGCUCAGGCUGCUCAGACCGAGCCUACAGAACAGGUUGACGAGCCAAUGCCAGAGAAAUCACAGGCUAAAGACAACUCCUUGGGCAACGCUCUAGAUCCAAGCCAACCUUCCCAAGACAUCCUGGAUCCUCCCCAUACCUCGACAAGUGCAUCACCUAUGCCAUUGCUACCAACCUCGCUACCGCCACAACAGGAAGCUUCACUACCAUGGACUGCUGCAUCACAGGGAGGGGAUGUCUUCAUGGGCUCCUACGGCAUGUCCUACCCGAGCAGUAUCAUGUUCGCACCUCCAAGCCAAGACUCGUUCCUCUUCGGCAUCGACCAAUACGCCCAGAACACACAAUCUCAAUCCACUCCAACCGACCUUCCACCAAAUCCAUUUACGCAAGCCUCGCCCUACCAACAACAGUACACAGCCUCACAAUCGCCCUUUCCACAGCCGCAUCCCUCACUCAAUGAUCCUCUUCUCACUCAGCACGGCAGCGCCAUCGGCCCUCAGGCCUUGUUGUCGCAGUUUCAGAAGCAACCUGCUCCGCCAGCGCCGCCAGCACCUCCACGACGGAAGGUUAUCAAGCGCGCCCUCCGCAACUUACUAAUCUUAUCCAACUUCUCAAACCUCGAUACACCGACAACAUCGUCCCGCGCCAAGACCACUGCAUCUUUGCUCAAAGACAAAGAUAAAGCGGCUCUUGUUCAGCUGUCCAUGUCACUGUUCAACUGGUCUCAGCCCGACGCUACCCUUUUCGUCAAUGCUAUGCUGGUUCAGUCCGCGCUCAAGCCUACCAAGAAGAAUCUCGCCGCCCUCGAAUCUGCCCUCCCUCAACCCAAGAAGCCUCUUUGCGCCGUUACCAAUGCCAUCGCACGCUACCGCGACCCGGAGACAGGUAUAGCGUACCGCGAUGCGCGAGCCUUUGGCGUAUUGAGAGGUGUCGUGGGAGGCGGCUUUGUGUGGAGUGGUGCGUUGGGGUGUUAUGUUGGAGGCAGGGCAAAGCCCCUGGAGAGUAUGCAGGGGGGCAAGGGGUUUUUGGGAAUGCCGCCAGCUAAGAAUGUGCCACGACGUUUCUGGGAGAUGACUAAGAAGACGGCUCCUCCGGCGUCGAUAGAAGUUCCUCCUCAACCAACCGGGCAGACGCAGACAGUUGUAGGGGCACCGGCGCAGGUACCAGUAGAAGGCUCUAUUGCUGCUACUGCGCCACAGGUCGGACAGGAAAGCCCCGCUACAGUCAAAACAGAAGCUGGGAAAUAAAUGAUGGUGUAACAAGAGGUUAGCGUGUAAGAUAUCAUGAAUUGAACGCGUUUGCGGGUGCUGACAAUGUAACGUCCAUCCAACUCGGCAAGAAAGUAAUGUGCAACGAAUAUAAUAAGAUCAAUAGAAUACUUUUAACAA